AAAGCUAAGUCCUGCUGGGUUUGUGCUGCGUAAUUAGCUCAUUACGUAGGUCGGUAACUUCGCGUUGCUUGGCGUUCGGUUUCCAUGACUACAAGAGUUAGUGUCUCCUGCAGUACUGCUAUGGCGAAGUUCGUAUUGGCAGGCAAGGCUGAUUGUCCAUACUAUGCAAAAGCAGAAAUUCUCGCAGAAUAUCUUCAGAAAAACCUUCCUUCAUUCAGAGUCCACAAAAUUACACAACAUCCAGAGGACUGGGAGGAAUGGCUUCAGAAGAUCUGCAUGCAGAAUGGGUGGAGUCACAAUCAUUCCCCUAUAAUAUGGAGGGAGCUGCUGGACAGAGGAGGAAAGGGAUUGCUCCUUGGAGGGUUUAAUGAUUUUUUUGAGCAUGCUCAGGAAUAUUAUAAUAUUACGACUGACAUGAUGAGCAGUCUGAUGAAGGAUAUUGCUCUAGAAAACUUGAGGACUCAUAUGGAAAUUAAGAAAGAGCAGGAAGAAAUAUGUUGUUUGUUUAAUCCUCUACAUGUCUGGAUAACUAGUGCAACAACACCAACAUGCUACAACCUGAUCUCUUUGCUUGCCAGUGGAGAAGUCUUUGGGAUGAGGAAAGAAAUUUGGUUACAUUUGUUGGAGACCAGUCAUUGCAAUGGGACUCUUAGGGCUCUGGUUAUGGAGGCUGAAGACUUAGCAUUUCCACUUCUCAGAAAGAUUACUGUACACAAAAUGGCAGAUGAUGCAUUUCUUCAGGCAGAUUUUGUAAUUGUUCUGGAUGAUGUUUAUGUCACAAAUGAUCAGUCACCUGAAAUAUGCAUCAAGCAGAUUGCUGAAAGAUGUUUGCAGUAUGGAGCCCUCAUUGAUCAGAAUUCAGACAAGGAAGUAAAAGUAGUUGUGGCAGGAAGUACUUAUGUGAACCUAAAAGCACAAAUGAUAUUGAGCAAUGCACCAUCUGUCAAGCCUCACAAUGUGGUAGCUUUGGCCACACAACUGGAAUAUGAAGCCAGAGCGCAGAUAGCAAAGAAAUUGAACAUAAAUUCAGCAGUGGUGAAGGAUGUGAUACUUUGGGGCAACAUCAGUGGCACUAACUUUUUGGAUCUUCAGCAUGCAAAGAUCUACCAGUAUGAUAGUGCUGUAUGGGGACCUCAAGGGUUCUGGCGCCCACUGAAGAAAAUUAUCUUCGACAGAAAGUGGCUGAAAAAUGAAUUUCUUAAAGAAUGGAGGAGCAGACAGCAGAAUCGUUUGGGCAUGUCAGCUGCUCAUUCCAUAGCCAUGGUCUUGUCUUGGUGGCAGCAGGAAUCUAACACUGGAGACAUUGUUUCAUUGGGUAUAAUCAGCGAAGGCCAGUUUGAACUUCCAAAAGGGAUUGUAUACUCUAUGCCAGUUCAGUUCAUUAAUGGUGAAUGGCAGGUUUAUACAAAGGCCACAGCUCUUGAUGAAACUAAGGAAACAUUAUUUCAGGCAGCCAGGGAAUUAAUCAAGGAAAAGAAUAUUGCUUUAGGUAUCCAAAAAGAAUUAGACAUUUUAGAAGAGGAAUAUAAAGAAGCCACUGUAGAGAAUACUGCAGCUUUACCAACAGCACUAAACAGUAAAGAAAGGUUAGAUAGUAUUGCAACUACUGCAAAUAGUGGUCACAAGGAAUUAAUUCCUUCAUCUCCAAGUAGAGAAGAAUCUGUACUGCGUAUGGAACAUACACAAGACAACUGCAAUCAAGGCGAAGUAGCUGUAGUGUCAAAUAUUGAAUCUGCUAUACAUGAUGUGGAAAAUAUUCCAGAAGUUUCACCUAUGCCACAGCAUCCAGAGAAUGGUUUAGCUGUCUGAGUUUCUUUGACAACAAACAGUAUGAACUGUCACACACACACUGUAUCAAUACAUAUCACCUGGUUAACAGCCUCAAUGUUCCAGCACCAUGCAACAUUUUGUGUUUUUGUUUUUUUUUUUUUUUUUAAACUUAGACACUUGGAGCUAUAAUUGUUGCCCCUGCUACUCUAGAUACAGCUAUCUAUAUAUACAGUAUUUUUUAAAUGUAAGAAUUUUAAACUGUUUGUGAGUAGAUAAUGUAUCAUACACAAACUAUAUAUUUACAUAUAUAAUUUUAGAUUUUAUUUAAAAGUUGGUAUUCUUAUGCCUAUGUUAAUCUCCAUUUCAUUAAAAAAAUGCACAGUAUGUUUGCAUAGUGCUAUAGUGGACUGUAGAGAUUUGGCAGUAUUUUGGAGACCAAAAUGAUGUUUGAAUACAAGGACUCACCAUGUGAAAAUGUCAUUUUUCUCUGCUAAAUAUAAUUAAAAUAUCUAAAAUAAU